ACGCUAGCGCGUGUGUGUCCACUCCCCUGCCGAGCACACAGGUGGGGUUUGCUGCUGGGAUCUGGUCUGACGACAGCUGCUUCUCUGGGCUUCAGCUGGCACAGAGACGCAGGGCAGGGCUCAGAGAGGUAGAGGAGAGGAGAGCACAGUACAGUAGAGUUCAGAGAGGUUGAGGAGAGGAGAGCACAGUACAGUAGAGUUCAGAGAGGUAGAGCAGAGAACAUUAGAGCAGAUAAGCAGCAGACUGCAGUAACAGUACAGCAGGCUGCAGGUUGGUACAGGGGUGGCCUGGCCUUCAGGAGAGGGGGAGAGAGAAAAAGAGGGGGAGAGAGAGAGCGAGAGGGAGAGGGGGGAGUCGGGGUGAGAUGGGGUUGCAGGACCAAGGCCACACAGUGACAGAGCAGUUGGACCGAGAGCUGGACUAAGAAAGGGAGAGCUACAAAGAGACAUGCGAAGAAGCAUAAAGAGAGAGAUGGAGACUUUAUGUGCAGAGAGACACAUUGACGUAUAGAGGCAGAGGGAGAGCUUGGAGAGAGGGAGUGAUAAAGAAAGGUAGCGAGGCGUGGUGCGCUGAGAUGGAGUUCCUGAGGAGCCUGGUCCCCACGGUGAUAUCAGGGGAGGGGGUUGCCCCGGAGACGGCGUUGUCGCGGGAGAAGGGGGCGGCGGCAUUGCCGCGGGAAACGGGCCCCCGCCUGCUGAGCAUGAGGCGCCUGAGCCUGUUGGCCAUGGGCUCGACCGUCCAGGAGGAGGACGCCUCCGCCAGGCCGCCGCGCCCCACUGGCCUGAGAGGACACCUCCUCCAUAUUAGACGAGAACUCUCCUAUCCUGACGAUGACGAUGAUUGUGGUGGGUGUGGUCGUCAUGCCUCAGCCCCGGUCAGCAGCGUGAGCAGACGGCGCGCCCCCCCCCACGGCCCCCCCCUCGUGGGAGAAGCGCUCGGCCGCCAUCAUGUCCAGCAUCACCAUCGACCCCGAGCUCAAGCCGGGCGAGUUCGUCAUCAAGAGCCUGUUUGCUGAGUUUGCCGUGCUGGCGGAGAAGAAGAUAGAGGUGGUGAUGGCAGAGCCCCUGGAAAAGCCCUUGUCCAGAUCUCUCCAGAGGGGAGAAGAUGCACAGUUUGAUCAGUUAAUAAGCUCUAUGAGCUCAAUAGCAGAGCACUGUUUGCCCUCGCUGCUGCGGACCCUGUUUGACUGGUACCGCCGCCAGAGCGGCACCGAGGACGAGUCCUACGAGUACAGGCCUCGCUCCAGCACCAAGUCCAAAGGGGAUGAACAGCAUCGUGAUAAAGACUACCUGCUGGAGAGGAGGGAUCUAGCCAUAGAUUUCAUGUUCUGUUUAGUUUCAGUAGAAGUUUUAAAACAGAUUCCUCUUCAUCCAGUGCCAGAUGCUUUAGUACAUGAGGUUCUGAACCUGGCAUUCAAGCACUUUAAACACAAAGAGGGGUACUCGGGGCCCAACACGAGCAACGUGCACAUCAUUGCAGAUCUGUACGCGGAGGUCAUCGGCGUGCUCACACAGUCCAAGUUCCAGGCGGUGAGGAAGAAGUUCACCACGGAGCUGAAGGAGCUGCGUGUGAAGGAGCAGUCCCCCCACGUCAUCCAGUCCAUCAUCAGCCUCGUCAUGGGCAUGAAGUUCUUCCGGGUCAAGAUGUACCCCGUGGAGGACUUUGAGGCCUCCUUCCAGUUCAUGCAGGAGUGUGCCCAGUAUUUCCUGGAGGUGAAGGACAAAGACAUCAAGCAUGCUCUGGCCGGCCUGUUUGUGGAGAUCCUCAUUCCUGUAGCUGCUGCGGUGAAGAAUGAAGUCAACGUGCCGUGCCUGAAGAACUUUGUGGAGAUGCUGUACCAGACAACCUUUGACCUCAGCUCCAGGAAGAAGCACUCCCUGGCCCUGUAUCCCCUGGUGACGUGCCUGCUGUGUGUGAGCCAGAAGCAGUUCUUCCUCAAUAACUGGCACAUCUUCCUCCAGAACUGCCUGUCUCAUCUGAAGAUGCCAUCUAACAACAGCAUCAGGAAGCAGAUAGAGACCCUGCAGAACAAAGACCCCAAGAUGUCCCGCGUGGCCCUGGAGUCUCUCUACAGACUGCUGUGGGUCUACAUCAUCAGGAUCAAGUGUGAGAGCAACACUGUCACUCAGAGUCGUCUCCUCAGCAUCGUGUCAGCUCUGUUCCCCAAGGGCUCCCGCAGUGUGGUGCCCAGAGACACCCCCCUCAACAUCUUCGUCAAGAUCAUCCAGUUCAUCGCUCAGGAAAGGCUGGACUUUGCCAUGAAGGAGAUCAUCUACGACCUCCUGUGUGUCGGGAAGUCCCACAAAACCUUCACCAUCAACCCUGAGAGGAUGAACAUCGGGCUGCGGGCGUUCCUGGUGAUAGCCGACAGCCUGCAGCAGAAGGACGGCGACCCGCCCAUGCCCACCACCGGGGUCAUCAUGCCCUCGGGGAACACGCUGCGCGUCAAGAAGAUCUUCCUGGCCACCACCCUCACCGACGAGGAGGCCAAGGUCAUAGGUAUGUCUCUGUACUACCCCGCGGUGCGUAAGGCCCUGGACAGCAUCCUGCGUCACCUGGACAAGGAGGUGGGGCGCUCCAUGAGCAUGACCAACGUCCAGAUGUCCAACAAGGAGCCGGAGGACAUGAUCACGGGCGAGAGGAAGCCGAAGAUCGACCUGUUCCGUACGUGCGUGGCGGCCAUUCCCAGGCUCAUCCCAGACGGCAUGGCCAGACAGGACCUCAUCGAGCUGCUCGCCAAGCUGACCAUCCACAUGGACGAGGAGCUGCGCGGGCUGGCCUUCACCACGCUGCAGGCCCUCAUGGUGGACUUCCCCGAGUGGCGCGAGGACGUGCUGUCGGGCUUCGUGUACUUUGUGGUGCGCGAGGUGACGGACGUGCACCCCACCCUGCUGGACAACGCCGUCAAGAUGCUGCUGCAGCUCACCAGCCAGUGGAGGCAGGCCGUGCUGUCCAGUAACAAGAGCCAGGAGAGCCAGCAGGCGGCUGGCGUGUCGUCGCUGCCCCUGGAGCGCUCCCCCCUGUGGGGGGUGCUGCACCUGGUGGAGGGCCUGGCCCUGGUGCUGCUCUGCAGCUGCCGCCCCGCCACCCGCCGCCUCGCCGUCAACCUGCUGAAGGAGGUCCGCGCCCUGCACGCCGCCCUGGGCAUCGCCAAGGGGGAUGAGGAGCUGGCUAUAGAUGUGAUGGACAGAUUGAGUGCCUCAGUGUUGGAAAGCUUCAUCCACCUCACUGGAGCUGAUCAGACCAGCCUGCUGUAUUGCCCCAGUGGGAUCGACCUCCAGACGCUGGCGGAGUGGAGCUCGUCCCCCAUCAGCCACCAGUUUGACGUGUCCAGCCCCUCCCUGAUCUGGGUGCUGGCCCACGUCACCCAGGGCCAGGACCCGUGGGUGGUCAGCCUGUCCAGCUACCUGCGCCAGGAGCACCUGCCUAAGCACUGCCCCACCGCCCUCAACUACGCCUGGAUGUUCGCCUACACACGCCUGCAGCUGCUGUCGCCCCAAGUGGACAUCAACAGCCCCAUCAAUGCUAAGAAGCUGACCAGCAGCAGCAGUGACUCGUACGUGGGCCUGUGGAGGAACUACCUGAUCCUGUGCUGCUCCUCCGCCUCCUCCUCGCCCUCCUCCUCCUCCUCCGGCUCGGUCCGCUGCUCUCCCCCCGAGACGCUGGCGUCCACACCCGACAGCGGAUACUGCUACGACUCCAAGAUCAUCGGCACGCCGUCCCCCUCCUCUCUGUUCAAGCACGUGGUUCCCAUGAUGCGCUCGGAGAGCAUGGACAUCACCGAGUCCCUGGUGCUGGGCCUGGGGCGCACCAACGCCCUGGUCUUCAGGGAGCUCAUGGAGGAACUCAACCCCAUCAUCAAGGAGGCCCUGGAGAGGAGGCCCGAGAACAUGAAGAGGCGCAGGCGUCGAGACAUCCUCAGGGUCCAGCUGGUCAGGAUCUUUGAGCUGCUGGCUGAUGCUGGGGUCGUCAGCCAGACGGCUAGCGGAGGUCUGGACGGAGAGAGCCACGCCCUGAACGUGACCCUGCUGGAGUACGUGGAUCUGACCCGGCAGCUGCUGGAGGCAGAGAACGACAAGGACUCGGACACACUGAAGGACAUCCGCUCUCACUUCAGCGCCCUGGUGGCCAACAUCAUCCAGAACGUCCCAGUGCACCACAGGAGGAGUGUGUUCCCCCAGCAGUCUCUGAGACACAGCCUGUUCAUGCUGUUCAGCCACUGGGCCGGGCCCUUCAGCAUCAUGUUCACCCCACUGGACCGAUACAGCGACCGCAACAUGCAGAUCAACAGACACCAGUACUGCGCUCUCAAGGCCAUGUCUGCAGUGUUGUGCUGUGGGCCUGUAGCUGACAACGUGGGUCUGUCUUCAGACGGCUACCUGUACAAGUGGCUGGACAACAUCCUGGACUCCCAGGACCGCAAGGUGCACCAGCUGGGCUGCGAGGCGGUGAUGCUGCUGCUGGAGCUGAACCCCGAGCAGAGUAACCUGAUGUUCUGGGCGGUGGACCGCUGCUACACGGGCUCCCGCAGGGUGGCUGCCGGCUGCUUCAGGGCCAUCGCCAACGUCUUCCACAACAGGGACUAUCAGUUUGACACGGUCGUGCUGCUCAACCUCAUCCUGUUCAAGGCUGCAGACUCUUCCAGAGACAUCUAUGAAGUAGCCAUGCAGCUGCUGCAGAUCCUGGAGCCCAAGCUGUUCCGCUACGCUCACAAGCUGGAGGUGCAGCGCUCAGACGGGAUCCUGAGCUUGCCCUCCGCCCUGCCCCACCUCUACUCCGUCUCCUACUACCAGCUGUCUGAGGAGCUGGCCCGCACCUACCCCGAGCUCACCCUGCCCAUCUUCUCAGAGGUGAGCCAGCGCAUCCACACAGCGCACCCUGGUGGGCGCCAGGUGAUGCUGCACUACCUGCUGCCCUGGAUGAACAACGUGGAGCUGGUCGACCUGAAGCCGUCGCCGCGGCGACAGGAGGAUGCUACCGUUGCCGGCGAGGAGGAAGACGAGGAGGAGGCGGCGCGCGAGAGGGAGAUGACGAUGUUGAACAGCCGACGCUGGCUGAGGGGGGAGGGCUGGGGCUCCCCGCACGGAACCACCAUGGUCCUAAACAACCUCAUGUUCAUGACCGCCAAGUAUGGGGACGAGUUUGCGUGGUCGGAGAUAGAGAGUGUGUGGUGCACGCUGGCAGACAGCUGGCCCAGCAACCUGAAGAUCAUCCUGCACUUCCUCAUCAGCAUGGGGGGAGUCAACAGUGACCCCAGCCUGCUGCCUUACGUGAAGAGAGUGGUGGUGUACCUGGGCAGGGACAAGACCAUGCAGCUCCUGGAGGAGCUGAUGUGUGAGCUGGAGGUGAUGGAGGCCGUGAGCUCGGCCGUGGCCCACAUGGACAACCCCCCCUACUACCGGGUCAGCUCCAGCCUCAAGGUGCCCCCGCUGGCCUCGGGCACGGCCUCCAGCAGCAACACCAUGGUGCCCGGCCCCGACCCUGCACACCAGGACCGCACCAAGGACCCCAACAUGGAGGACAGUUACCCCCACCUGGACAUCCACGGGGGUCUGAACAGUAAUCUGAACCGGCAGCACCAUCGUCUGGAGUCUCGCUACAGCAGCAGCUCUGGGGGCUCCUACGAAGAGGAAAAGAGUGACUCCAUGCCCCUGUAUGCUAACUGGCGUCUGAAGGUGAUGGACCACAACCGUCCUGAGCCCCUCCCCUUCCCCCCCGCUGGGGGCUGCUGGUCGCCCCUGGUGGACUACCUCCCCGAGACCAACACCCCUGGGACACCCCUGCACAGGUGUAACAUAGCGGUAAUCCUGCUGACUGACCUCAUCGUGGACCACGGGGUCAAGGUGGACUGGAGUGCCUACCUCCACCUCCUGCUCCACGCCAUCUUCAUAGGGUUUGACCACCAGCACCCGGAGGUUUAUGAACACUGCAAACGCCUGCUGCUGCACCUGCUGGUCGUCCAGGGAACCAACAGCAGCAUCCAAUCACUGGCCUCCGUCCUGCUGAGGAACCGUGAGCACAACGAGCCCAGGGUUCUGACCGUGAAGACCCCCUCCCACGAGUUUAACCUCACAGGAGUGAGUGAGUUCGCCCCAGACUACCAGCCGUCCCCCAUGACAGACUCGGGCCUGAGUUCCAGCUCCACCUCCUCCAGCAUCAGCCUGGGGACCGGGGGGCCCCCGGGGGGCCCGUCCCUGCCCUCCCUCACCCCCUCCCUGCUCAGCGAGGUGGACGCCACCGUGGAGCACGACCUCAAGGUCAAGGCCCUCAUCGAGUUCAUCACCUCCAGGAAGCGAGGCCCGCUGUGGAACCACGAGGACGUGUCACCUAAGAACCCCAACAUCAAGAGCGCAGAACACCUCAGUGUGUUCCUCAGACACGUGGUCGCCGUGUUCAGACACUCCCCCGCUGGGUUCCAGCUGGAGUCCUUGCUGAGUGAGGCCGCCCUGCAGACGGCCCUGUCCUGCCCCUCCAGACACUACGCCGGACGCUCCUUCCAGAUCCUGCGGGCGCUCAAGCAGCCGCUCACCCCCGCCACGCUGUCAGACAUCCUGGCCCGCCUCGUAGAGACCGUGGGGGACCCCGGGGAGGAGGCCCAGGGCUUUGUCAUCGAGCUGCUGCUGACUCUGGAGUCUGGCAUCGACACGCUGGCCGACACGGUCAAGAACUACGACCUCCUCACGGCCCUGGCAAAAGCGUCGGCCCAUGAGCACCUGCUGGGGGCAAAGUUCUCGGCCAACAGGAAGAGCACGGGCCAGAUCAACCUGAGCAGCGGAGGCCUGUUCCACCACGCCCCCUAUGGCCACGCCCACCACGGCCACGCCCACUACCCCGGCCACGCCCCCGGCCACGCCCGCAGCAACUCGCUCCGCGCCAGCCUGAUGGGCGAGCGCAAGGCCGACCGCCGCCGUAGCAACACCCUGGACGUCGCCGACCGCCUGGGUGGUAGCCACGGCAACCUGGCGCGCACGCGGAGCUUGUCGUCGCUGCGGGAGGGGGGCGCCGGGGCGGGGGGUGGCGCCGGGGCGGGCGGAGGGGAGGCCACGCCCCCCGUGGACCCCUCCAACCUGAUGGCGACCGUGUUCUGGAUCGCGGCGUCGCUCCUCGAGUCGGACUACGAGUUUGAGUACCUGCUGGCCCUCCGCCUCCUCAACAAGCUGCUGGUGCAGCUGCCCCUGGAGCGCGCCGACAGCCGCCAGCGCCUGGAGCGUCUGCAGGCCCUGCUCAAGUGGUACAGCUUCCCCGGGCUGCUGCAGCUCUUCCUGAAGGGCUUCACCUCCGCCUCCACCCAGGAGCUCAGCAUCCACCUGCUCAGCAGGCUGGUCAGCGUGUCGCGCCACACCCUGGUCGACCCCUCCCAGGUGGCAGGUUUCCCCCUCAACAUCCUGUGCCUGCUGCCCCACCUGAUCCAGCACUUCGACAGCCCCACGCCCUUCUGCAAGGAGACGGCCGACAAGAUCGCCAAGGUGUGCUCCGAGGAGAAGUCGGCCACGCUGGCCAACCUGGCCCACAUGAUGAGCCUGUACAGCACGCACAGCUACUCCAGAGACUCGGCCAACUGGAUCAACGUUGUGUGUCGCUACUUGAACGACGCCUUCGCCGACAUCACCUUCAACCUGGUCACCUACCUGGCGGAGCUCCUGGAAAAGGGGCUUCCCAGCAUGCAACAGUCCCUGCUGCAGAUCAUCUUCAGCCUGCUGAGUCACAUCGACCUGUCGGCCGCGCCCGUCAAACUGUUCAACCUGGAGAUCAUGAAGAUCAUCGGCAAAUACGUGCAGAGCCCAUACUGGAAGGAAGCCCAGAACAUCCUGAAGCUGGUGGUGUCUCGCUCGGCCAGCCUGGUGGUCCCUGAGGAGGUGCAGCGCUCCUACAGCGUGGAGUCCUCGGGGUCUCCAGAGAUCGCCUUCACGCGCAUCUUCAACAACUCCUCCAAGGAGCUGCCGGGGAAAACCCUCGACUUCCACUUUGACAUCUCAGAGACGCCCAUCAUAGGGCACAAGUAUGGCGACCAGCGCAGCGCCGUGGGCCGCAACGGGAAGCCCCAGGUCAUCGCCGUGACGAGGAGCACCUCCUCCACCUCGUCGGGGUCAAACUCCAACGGCCUGGUGCCCGUCAGCUGGAAGAGACCCCAGCUCUCCCAGAGGAGGACCAGGGAGAAGCUCAUGAACGUGCUGUCUCUGUGUGGACCCGAGUCUGGCCUUCCCAAGAACCCCUCUGUUCUGUUUUCCUCCAACGAGGACCUGGACUCUGGGGACCAGCACACCAGCCUCAUCCCCACCGUGGAUGAGGUGUUAAGGGAGGAGGAAGUGAUGGGCGAGGACACAGGAAGUGAGCAACAGUUUGGGGUCUUUAAGGACUUUGACUUCCUGGAUGUUGAGCUGGAGGAUGCCGAGGGGGAGAGUGUGGACAACUUCAACUGGGGCGUGCGUCGCCGCUCUUUGGACAGCAUGGACAAGGGCGACACGCCGUCCCUGCAGGAGUGCCAGUUCGCGGGCAGCACGCCCAGCCUGAACCUCACCAACCAGGAGGACACGGACGAGUCGUCUGAGGAGGAGGUACUGAGCGCUAGCCAGAUUCUCACCCGUCCUGGCCUCAUGAACAGCGACUCGGCCACGGACGACGUCACGUCCAAUCACGUCGACUCUCGGGACGACGUCACGUCCAAUCACGUGGACUCUCUGCAGCAGUCUCAGGACUCGUCCAGCAGCGCCCUGACGGAGGACACCCUCCCCCUGCCCGGGCCCCCCCGCCUGGACAGCCCCGCCCCCCCGGACAUGGGCCAAUCAGAUGGCCAGCAGCCUGAGGACGCCGUGAGCAUGACGGCGGCGGACGAGCUCAGCAGCAGCGUGAGCGAGGACACGGGCUUCUGCAGCGCCCCGCUCCUGCCCUCCGAUGACCCCCCCGACCCCUCCGACCUCCCUGACCCCCCGGACCCCCCCGACGACCCCACCCCGCCGCCGGCCGUGGACACGCCCGCGGGCUGGCUCGGCGAGGACGACCCCGCGCGGGCGCAGUCGCCGGCGUGCGGCUCGGUGUGCGAGGACGACGUGACGCUGGCGCUGAAGGAGCUGGACGAGCGCUGCCAGGAGGAGGAGGCCCACUUCUCUGAGACGUCCAGUCAGGAUGAAGGUGAUGCAGAGGGGUUUCCAGAGAUCCAGGCCUCUCCUCCCCCGUCUCCCUUCCUCUCCGCCAUCCUGGCAGCGUUCCAGCCCGUUGCCUACGACGAUGAGGAGGAUGCCUGGCGUUGCCAUGUCAACCAGAUGUUGUCGGACUCGGACGGAUCGUCUGCUGUUUACACCUUCCACGUGUUCUCAAGACUCUUUCAGAGUAUGCAGAGGAAGUUUGGCUCCAUCACACACUCGUCGGUGCGUUUCCUUGGAGAGCGGCUACAGCGAAUGGGAAACCAGUUCCUGAGUUCCCUGGAGGUCAUGACCUCCCAGUCCCAGUGUCCCACAGUGCUGCUGGACGCAGAGACGCUGGUGUCUUGUGGUCUGCUGGAGACUCUGAAGUUCAGCGUCCUGGAGCUGCAGGAGCAUCUGGACACCUACAACAGCAAGAGAGAGGCUGCAGAGCAGUGGCUGGAGAACUGCAGAAAGACAUUUGGAGACAAGGACAGUAGCCAGCAUGCCAGCACCCAGGCCCAGCACAUGGAGAAUCUAGCAGAGUUGGAGCUGUGUCGCAGGCUGUACAAGCUGCACUUCCAGCUGCUGCUGCUGUUCCAGGCCUACAGCAAGCUCAUCAGCAGAGUGGACACCAUCAAGAGAGAGGCUGAGGUGACCAACAUGUCAGAAGAGCUGGCCAUCCUGGAGAGUUGUCUGAAGGAGGCGGAGCUUGGCGUUGAUGGACAGGAGGACGUGCCUGUGUCGGAGGCCUCCCAAACCACCACAGAGACGGCCAUCCAAUCGCUGGUGGAGACACUGAGGGGGCGGGACUUCAGCUCUGCCCUCACACAGGUCAAAACAUUCAGGUCUCUGUGGCCCAACGACAUCUUCGGCAGCGAGGCGGACGACGCGGUCCAGACGCUGCUGCACAUCUACUUCCGGCACCAGACGCUGGGCCAGACGGGCUGCGUGGCAGUGGUGGGGCCGAGCCGGGACCAGAGCCAGGCCAGCGCCCGUCUCAUGGAGAUCAACCUGCAGAUACGAGAGGCCCUAAGCCAGGCCCAGGCACCCCUAGUCAGCACCAGCCUGUGAGACCGGGCCUGACCGGACUGAACCGGACUAACCCAGCGCCCCUCCCCCCUCCACCUCCCCUCUGCUGGGGGAGGGGCUUCAGAAUGCAGGGAGGGGCUUAGGGAGGGGCUUGGGGGGGGGGCGCUUGCUGCAAAGACUUAAUCUAUAAGGGCUAAGGAUCUGUAGGGAUUACUGUGACAUAAAUAACAUACUCAUAUUAAUAUAUAUAUAUAACAUACGAAUACUUACAGCUAAUAUCUGUUUACCCAAACUAAGCCAACUUGCAAAAUUCAGCCGCAAUAAGUCACGUUGUAUUGUGACUGCUAAGAUGACUGUUCAGAGGGAGAAACACAGGAGUACAGAGAGAGAGGAAGAGGGGGAAAUGGAUGGAGAGAGAGAGAAAGAGGGAAAGGGAGAGAGGAAGAAGAGGUGGAGGGCAGGGGGAUGAUGAUGCUAAUCUGGAAUCAUUUUGGCGGAGAUUACCUGCCAACCAGUCAGCCAGCCAAUCAAGAGACGACAGUUCUGUCCGACUGGCACGAAGAAGACAAACACAGGAAGUCUAAACAAGAAAAAAUAAAGUUUUCAGAAGCAUGCUUGGAAGAGAAAAAGCACUGCAAGAAUAUUUUUUUGAGAAAUGUAUUUUUUAUUAGAGCUAACAUCCUAGGUUGUAAAUGUUCUGAUAUUUAACAUGUAAUCCUGAGGGCGCUGUUCGAACCCAGGGCUUGUAAAAAGAGAAUUUACCAGUUUAUUGAACCUGCUUCAGUUUAUGGAUCCUUCUUCUGAGAGGAGCGGCCGCAGAUGAAACUCACUCUGUAACCAAAUACAUAGCUGCCUUUAGAGUCUAGCCUGUGUGGUGUGUGCAGGGCUCCCUGCUACACACUGAAACACACACGCAGACGGUCGCACAGAAGUGCAGACUGGCUACUCAUUAUGAAAAACAUCAAUAACUUAUUUUACUCUGUAUAUAUUUUAGAAAAAUGUAUAGUGCAAACCCAGUAUUUUUUUUUCCCCUUGUACUUUUGUGUAAAGCACUGUUAAUCCCAGCCGGGAGAGAGCGGCCAGGAGAGUCCCUAACAACCCUCCGCUAUCACCAUCCUCCCGUCUGCUCUUCCCCAGAGCCUGGUUCCUGGGCGGUCCUCUUGCUCAAGGCUGUGGGGGGGUUCUGAGGACUGGACUUGUAAACGCCUCAGAACCAGACAGACGGAGGGAUGGAGGGUGUUGAUCUGAACUCCCAGUUGGAACAUCCCGAUCUGGCCCAGUCAUAAUCAUUCCUUUUCACCACUGUGAUGUCCAUGUUGAUUCUGCCCCAUCCCACCCCACGGGUUGGACUGAGGGACAACGGGAGAGGGAGGGGGAGGGGGGGGGGGGGGGAGUGGGAGUGACAGCCACACUGAAGGUGCACCUGGGCCACUAGACGUGGAGAGGGGACGUCUCACGACCAUGUUUGUCACGGCACAUUGUAACGAUCACUGUAGCCAUUCCUCAAAGAGAGCUGUUCUGUUGCUUGUCUGCUACUUUCGAAUGCUGUUAUUUAAUGGAUAUAUUAUUUACCUGGAAAAUAUAGUUUUUAUGUAGAGGCGCGUUACACUUUCUCCCGCAGGCUUUCUUUCAUUUUCUUGUCAUCUCACAUACCAGCCUUCUCUCUGGAUAAAUAAAAAUCUGAUCCUAUGAC